AUGAUAAUUUUACUAAAUAAAUUAUCUUUCAUUAUAUUUAUUUUUGCCUUAAUUUUAAUUACAACGUUCAUUAAUGGUAUUUAUCCACAAUUUGAACAAAUUAAUGAUCAUUAUACAUUUGGACCAAAAAAUAGUUAUCAUGAAGAUCAAUUUACUAUUGAUAAUAAUAAAGGAAAAAAAGGUAUUUAUUCAUCACAUGAAGAAAAUAAAAAUAUAGACAAUGAUAUGAUUGAAGUUAUUGAUGCAGGUGUUUGUACCUCUGAUAAAAUUAUAUUAGAAAAAUUAUUAAAUAGUUAUAAAACAUUUAAAACACCUUCUGAGAUUGGUGUUGAUGUUACUAUAGAAGUUUGGGUACAAGAAGUAAAUGCUCUUCAUGAAAUAACUUCAGAUUUUGAUAUGGAUAUUUAUGUUACAGAAAUAUGGAAUGAUGAAGCACUAAAAUAUGAUCAUAUGAAUCCUUGUAAAUAUAAUUUAUCUUUAAAUAAUGAAGUAUUAGAACAAAUAUGGAAGCCAAAUACUGUAUUUAUUAAUAGCAAAGCAGCACAUAUUCAUAGAAGUCCAUUUUUAAAUGUUUUUUUAAUGAUAUAUCCAAAUGGAACAGUUUGGGUAAAUUAUAGAGUUCAAGUUAAAGGUCCUUGUUUCAAUACAUUUCAACAAUUUCCAUUUGAUAGAACAAAAUGCCAUUUAACAUUAGAAUCAUUUAAUUAUAACAAUCAAGAAGUUAAUAUGAAAUGGCUUGAUUCUACAAGUACUCCAGCUCUUGUUUUAUUAAAAGAAAAAAUUGAGCUACCAGAUUUUGUUUUGACAAAUUACUCUACGCACUUAGAAGAAGUAAACUAUCCAGCAGGAACAUGGAAUGAACUAACAAUGUCCUUUGUAUUUAGUCGUCGUUAUGGAUGGUACAUUCUUCAAGCAUAUAUUCCUACUUAUCUAACAAUAUUUAUUAGUUGGAUUAGUUUUUGUUUAGGAGCAAAAAUGAUUCCAGCUCGAACAAUGCUUGGUGUUAAUUCACUCCUUGCUUUAACUUUUCAAUUUGGUAAUAUUAUGAGAAAUUUACCAAGAGUAGCAUAUGUUAAAGCACUUGACGUUUGGAUGCUUUCCUGUCUAUCAUUUGUAUUUUGCUCUCUUUUGGAAUUAGCAAUUAUUGGUGGAAUGGCUUCUAGUAAUGAAAAACAGGCAAACAAAAGAUUAAAACAAAAUAUGCCUUUAUCUAAUAAUAAUGGAAACAUUAUACAUAGUCCAAGAAUAUGUAGUCAUGUUAUUAAACAAGAUUCACCUCAUGGUAUAAAAAAAUAUGGAACUCAAGGAUCAGUAGAUCCACGUUUAAAAGUAAAAAAUGAAGGUGCUCAACAUCGAUAUACAUCAUCAGUACCAGAGGUAUAUUCAAAUAUGAGUCCAAUUGAAAGAACUCUUUUAUUAGAAACAACAUUAAAAAAACCAAAAAAUGAUUUAUAUAGAGUUAUAAAAAAUUAUUUUAUAUUUGAAGAAACAAAUUUCUGGAAUACCGAUGCAAUUGAUCAACUUUCAAUAAUGGGUUUUCCUUUACUUUUUGUACUUUUUAACAUAAUAUAUUGGGCAUACUAUCUUACCUAA